AACAAAUAUAAAUAUUUUCCGUUUCCCGCCUUGUUUAUAAUCACGUUUAUUAAUUUAUUUAUUUAAAAACAUAUCGAAAUAAUCAAUGGCAAAUUACGAAAAUAAAAGAUUAUUAUCCUGCCUCGAAAACUCACCCACCAAAAUGCAACAAUUGUCUAAAAAACAACGAACAGAAACUGAUGGUACAAAUGACAACAACAAUCCCUCCGAAACCAUAACCGAAAACUACGAUUUCCUUCUCGAUGAUGAUGAUGACUUCGACAUUCCUGACGAUUAUAAACAAGAACAACCCAAACUAAAUCUAAACAAUUGGUGCCGAUGUAUAGUAAAAGAUAUUGAAAGAGAGAAAAAGACAUAUCAAUUAAUUUUAAGGCUUCACGGAGAAGACAAUCCAUCGAUAGAAACUGAACUUCGUCUCCAAGGACCAUGGUGUAGAACUAGAGUCAAAACGAAAGAUCUUGUCUCUGUUCAAGCUAUUUGGGAUGAUACCCAUCAAUGCUUCAAAGUUGACAAAGACAAUGGAUUCAUUAUAACCAAUCCGGAUUUCCUUAUUUCUGGAACUUCCGUUGUCGGAGCUUUGUUCUGCCAACGGAAAGGUGUUCUUCAAGAUCGCUUUCGUGGUUUAGAAGGAAAUAAUAAAAUUAUGUUCAUUGGCUCCCUGGUCCAUGAAAUUCUUCAAACCGUCCUGGCAAAAUCCUUGCAAACUCGCAAAGACAUUGAAAAUGUUGCCAAGGAAAUUCUGGAAUCCAAACAAACCAUGUACACUUUGUAUGACUGCAAGAUGAAUCGCCAGGAGGCAUUCAUAGAAGUCCAGAAAUUCACCGAGAACAUUUUCAAUUUUGUUCAACAAUAUGUCACCGGAAAACAACCGGAAAUGCUUCCAGCAGGUAUGUUCAAGGAAAAAAUCGACCAAAUAAAAGAUAUCGAAGAGAAUCUAUGGAUUCCCCAGUUGGGAUUGAAAGGAAAAGUCGAUGUUUCUGUAAAGAUUCAUCGGAGUUCCUCCAGAAAUGUCCUUCCACUUGAAUUAAAAACUGGCAGGGCAUCAUUCUCCCUCGAACAUAAGGGUCAAUUGAUUCUUUAUCAAAUGAUGCUUACUGCUGCUGGACAGGAAACGGACUCCGGGCUCCUUCUUUACCUGCGGGAAGGAAUCAUGAAAGAAAUUCAUGGAACUCGUAAUGAAAAGAGAGAUCUCAUAGUUCUACGUAAUGAACUUAGUUAUUUUCUAACCCGUUACUUUGAUGCUUCGAAAGAUAAAAUCCAAGAGUACCUAGCUCUGCCUGAGAAGAAAUUCGAACCAUUUGAAUUACCAGAGCCGGUAUCGCAUCCAACUGCUUGUUCCAAUUGUGCCUAUGCUACUAUCUGUAGUUCAUUUGGAAAAGUUGAUCCUAGUUUUGAUCUUUCUGAGACACAUCCACUUAGGAAUGUAUCGGAAGCAACCACAUACCAUCUCACAGAUGAUGAUUUGAGUUACUUCACAAAGUGGUGUGGUCUUUUGUCUUUGGAAGAACAAGAAGCAAAGAAGUCCAAUUAUCUGAGAAGCAUUUGGAAAGAUUCACCAAAAACAAGAGAGAAGAAUGGGAGAGCUGUAACUGAAUUAUCUUUAAAAAGUGUGGAAGCACUGCAUGAAGGAAGGUAUCAACAUUGUUUUCAUUUGAAAGACAACCACGAUAUUGACAUCACAACUGUGGAGAUAUCCCUUGGCGAGUAUGUGAUUGUUAGCUCAACGAAGCGUGUAUCCAUAGCUUCAGGAUUUGUUUAUGAUAUCUCCCAACGGACAAUAACCAUCAAUUUAGAAAGAAAUCUAGAAAACAACUACAAAAACCAGACAUUCAUUGUAGACAAGCAUGAAUCCCAGUCAGAACAAAUCUUCAAUUACACAAAUUUAGGAGUUCUCCUGGACAAUUCUGACAAUAGUAAUCAGUUACGUUCCAUAAUAAUUCAACGGGCACAACCAACUUUUACAAAACAAAUCUCAGGAAAUGUUUUAUCCGAAACCGGAUUAAAACUUCUAGGAUCCUUGAAUAGCAUUCAAAGGAAAGCUGCAAUGGCAGCUCUAACUACAGAUAGUUUUAUGCUCAUUAAAGGUCUACCAGGAACUGGUAAGACACAAACUCUUGUUGGAAUUGUUCGUCUUUUAAAUCUCAUUGGGAAGACUAUGAUCAUUACAAGUCAUACCCAUUCUGCAGUGGAUAAUUUACUCCUACGUUUGAAAGAAUUCAAGGACUUGAAGAUAAUCCGACUUGGAUCAGAUUCAAGAGUACAUCCGGAUUUGAGAGAAUACUCUGAAAGAGUUCACACUGCAGAGUGUCGUAAUGAAGAUGACCUGGCCAAGGUUUAUUCUUCAUUUAACAUUGCAGCUGUAACGUGUCUUGGAGCUGGACACACAAUCUUCACCCAUCGCAAAUUCGACUAUUGUAUUGUAGAUGAGGCCACUCAGGUACUCCAGGCUACUGUUCUUCGUCCUUUGUUUUUCGCUUCGAAGUUUAUUUUGGUGGGAGAUCCUGAUCAAUUGCCACCACUUAUUCGAUCGAAGGAGGCUCGUGCAUUGGGAGCUGAUGAAAGUUUAUUUAAAAGACUCGAUUCCACGGAAGCUACCUCAGUUCUAUCGUUGCAGUAUCGCAUGAAUAAAACAAUCACUCGAUUAGCCAAUGAGUUGACUUAUAACGGCGAGUUGAAAUGUAACGAUGCAAAAGUCUCCAAUGGAGUUAUGAAAUUGGAGAAACCUAUAACUGGAUCAAAAUGGAAACAAAGAGCACUUCAGGGACAUAUUGAUCAAUCAGUUGUGUUCAUUGACACCUUAGAUUGCCUCGAGAGGACUAAUCGAUUUGCUAAUUUGCGGAGAAAUUCUGAUGAGGAAAACCUGACUGAUGAAGAUCGCACAAACAAUGCACAGAUAUUCAAAUACACAAACUAUUGCGAUGCAGGUGUUAUAUUUGAACUUGUCAAAGAGGUUCUUCAAACUGGUUUCGAUGGAAGUCGGAUAGGGAUUAUAGCUCCCUAUCGAGCACAGGUGGAUCUUUUGAAAAGAAUUGCUGGCAAAUAUAGUGAGACUUUUAAUGACCUUGGUUUUGCUAAUGUAGAAGUAAACACUGUUGAUCAGUAUCAGGGACGAGAUAAAGACGUUAUAUUGUAUUCAUGUACUCGAACUGGAUCGUCGGCAUGUAAAACCCUAGAGAAAAGUAAAGGGGUGGAGAUUCUUGAAGAUAAACGUCGUCUAACUGUGGCUAUUACUAGGUCAAAACAUAAACUUAUUAUUGUUGGUGAUUCUGCUUGUCUAAAGCAGUACACUCCAUUCAAUGAGUUGUUGGGGAAGAUUCCUAGUUCGUGUAAGUUGGUAUUGGAAGAUGGAAGAAAUGGAUUUAGUUGGGAAAGCGUUUUAGCUGGGAUUAAACAAGUGAUGUGAUUACUGCCGAAAUAGGGUUUUAAGUUUAUUUAUAUGGAAUUUUUUUUGCAAAAUUGUUUAGUUUUAAGGACUUUUAUGUCUUCAGUUUUUUAAGGAAGAAUGUCUAUUGUGUUUUG